UGGUUGGAUGAGGCUAUUGAAGAAAGUGGAGAUCGAGGUCAAAGUGAGCAUAAUGAUCAUGACAGUGAUAUGCUUUUAUCUCAAUUUAUAGCUGAUGGAAAAAAGAAGGCGAAAGAGAAAAAAUCAGAAAACAAAAAUACAGCCAAGAAAAAAAAAAGCAAUCAUAUUGGAAUCUUCAUCUUCAUCGACUAAUGGUGAAGAUAAGAAUAAUAACAAUGAUGAUGAUGAUGAUGAUGAUGAUGAUGAUGAUGGUGGUGGUGGUGGUGGUGGUGGUGGUGGUGGUGGUGGUGGUGGUGGUAGUGGGAGCUACAGGGAUAGCCGAUACUCAAGUGAUAUGGGAUGGGCUCAAGGAAAUGAAAAUUAUUAUGCUACCCAAGACACUGAUCAUGGAUAUCGUCCUGGUAUAGAAGCUCAAAGAGAUUUUCUAAAUAGUUUAACAGAAUUUUCAAGUGAAGCCGAUGCUUCAAAUUUUUCAGAUACUAGGAGAUAUUCUGGAGUUCACGAACAUAUGCAAGACUUGAAUAUAGGUUAUUCCUAUGGAGAUUCUUCUCAUAGCUCGAGUAAUAGAUUGGGGAGACAGGAGUGGGACCAACCAAAUGCAUAUCAUAAUCCCUAUUACUCAGGAUACGGUUUAUCUAAUCUACCCAGACAUCUUCAGGAUUCAGCCAAUCUUCCUAUAUUUGGAUCCAACCAACCAGUUGGAACAUAUUACGGAGGGAUUACAUCUGGUUCGGGUAGUAUUGAUGAUCGUAGACAAAAUUAUGGUUCAUCAAGCAGAAGCAAUGAUAAUAGAGAAUAUCGAGGUUUUGAUGUAUAUGGAAGGGGUUCAUUCAGAGAAAAUCAAUAUGGUUCGAACAUCUCUCCUUAUCCAAGCAAUAUGAAUCCAGAUGAAAAUGAUUUUGAACCUCCACGACAUUCCACAUGGUAUUGAAUGAUGAUAAAGAUGAAAUCUUGACAUUGACGGACACAAGGCCGAUAUUUGACCGAUACACCGCGACCGAUACGCCGCGACGUAUCUGGAACGGUAAAGGCCGAUCCGCGACGCCGAUCCGCGACGGCGAACCAUGCUCUG